GUAACAGUUGACAGACAGAAACCAACAAUCAACUCUUCCUGUCAACUUGCAAAGUAUGUCGUGAAAUUAGAACCGUUUCUAGGUCUCCGCUUAAUAAUAUAAUGAAACUCCGCAGUUACUACAGUUUGGAUAGUCAAGAGUUUAAAUUCUAAAAGCCUGGAAAACAAGUUUAAAUCACUCUUCGCCUUUUAUUAUCAGAUGAACGAUGUCUGAAUCUUAUGAGUACCUGUUUAAAUUUUUAGUUAUUGGUAGUGCUGGUACAGGAAAGUCAAGUCUCCUUAAUAAUUUUAUUGGAAACAAAUUUAAAGAAGACAGAUGCCACACAAUUGGAGUUGAAUUUGGGUCCAAAAUAGUUAAUAUAGGUGGCAAGUCAACCAAAUUACAGAUAUGGGACACAGCUGGCCAGGAGAGGUUCCGUUCAGUGACUCGUUCCUACUACCGAGGGGCAGCUGGUGCAUUGCUGGUGUAUGAUAUAACAUCCCGAGACUCAUUCAAUGCACUUGCUAACUGGCUGAGAGAUGCUAGAACUCUAGCAAGUCCAAACAUUGUUAUUUUACUUGUGGGGAACAAAAAAGAUAUGGAGGAAGCCAGAGAAGUCACUUUUACAGAAGCCAGUCAAUUUGCACAAGAAAAUGAAUUGAUGUUCCUGGAAACAAGUGCUAAAACUGGCGAAAAUGUAGAAGAAGCUUUCUUGAAAUGUUCUAAAACGAUUCUGGCAAAAAUUGAAACAGGGGAACUGGAUCCCGAGAGAAUAGGUUCAGGGAUACAGUAUGGUACUGGCACAUCGAAAAGACUCGCAGCGCCUAAGAAACCAGCAAGAACCCCAUCUGAUUGUGCCUGUCAUGUCUAAGAGAAAGGGUUGUUACAUAAGAUGCAUGAUCUGCAGGCAGAUAUGAAUUUAUUUAAGAAUCUUUUGUUUGCAGUCUCACCUUUUAGUAGUUAAUUUAAGUAUGUAAGUAUCAAAAGUAUAUGAAGGCAAUUGAAUUGUCCCUUCAAGAGAUCUGAUUGUAUGAUCUGUUUCGAUAUUAUAAAUUUAUGUAUAGCUACACUUUAUAAUGUGAUUGUAAAAUAGGAUAUUAUCGCAUUGUAAUUAUAUGUUAUUUCACUGCACUCAUCUUGUGGUCCUGUUCUGUCAGGUUGUGAGAUAAACUAGUUAUAAUCUCA